GAACCGGCUGGCAUGAAGGAAAUAAUUUGCUGAAAACGGAGAUGAGCUGGACGUCUGAGGAGGGUCGAGGAUAUUGGGAUUGUCCAGCAGCAGUGACUUGCUGGUAUGAAUGACCUCUAACGAUCGCCUUUACAGUAAAGACACCAUCUUUACUGAAGCCUUUUUGAGACACUGAUGCUGCUAUAAACUGCUGGAUGUCAUAUGUUGGCCAUCUGUUGUGGGAACCUACUUAAACCUGCAGGCAGAUUAACCAGUGAAAGGUCCAAGGCAUCAGUCAGGACAUUUCUGUGCCAGGACUCUGCCAGCUUCCUUGCAGAAGAGGGAUGCUGAGGGCCACUGCGGGCUCAGUAGAGGAGAGAGAUGAGGAGCAGGAGGACGAAGGCGAAGAAGAGUUGAGGGAUGGAGGAGUGCCUUUCUAUGUGAACAGAGGAGGCCUCCCGGUGGAUGAGGAGACUUGGGAGAGGAUGUGGCGCCAUGUGGCUCGAAUCCAUCCUGAUGGUGAAGCUUUGGGGAAGGGGAUUCGGGGCGCCACUGACCUACCCAAGAUUCCAAUACCGAGUGUGCCUACAUACCAACCUACCACCACUAUCCCACAGCGCCUGGAAGCCAUACAGAAAUACAUCAGGGAAUUGCAGUACAAUCACACCGGGACACAGUUUUUUGAAAUUAAGAAGAGCCGGCCUCUUACUGCGUUGAUGGACAUCGCUAAGGAGAUGACACGCGAAGCUCUGCCAAUCAAAUGUCUGGAGGCGGUGAUCCUGGGAAUUUACCUCACCAACAACAUGCCUGGUGUGGAGCGCUUCCCCCUCAGCUUUAAGUCUCAUUUCUCAGGAAACCACUUCUACCACAUUGUGCUGGGAGUUCACAGCGGGGGACGCUUCGGCGCACUGGGCAUGAGCCGGAGGGAGGACCUCAUGUUCAAGCCCCUGGAGUUCCGAACACUGAUGGACUUGGUGCAGGAAUAUGACGGAGCCUACAGGAACUACUGGCACACCUUGCGAAAGGUCAAGAUCGGCCAGUACGUGUCCCACGACCCUCACAGCGUGGAGCAGAUAGAAUGGAAACACUCGAUACUAGAUGUGGACAAACUGACAAAGGAGGAGCUGCGGAAGGAGCUGGAGAGACACACUCGAGACAUGAGGCUGAAGAUUGGAAAGCCUGCACCCCCCUCUCCCACCAAAGAUAGGAGGAACAGCAUGGGGUCACCCCUAAGAGGACCAAGCAGCCCCUUGCGCAGGAUCAGCCGUGUUGAGAGACGCCCCUCCGGAGAUAAGAAGGUUUUGGAACCAAAAGCAUCUGGAGACUUGAACGGUUAUCAGAUUCGAGUGUGA